AUGGCCCUCAAUCCGGAACAAGUCCAGCUCAUCAAGGCGACGGUGCCUGUCCUGAAAGAGCAUGGAGUGACCAUCACCAAGGUGUUCUAUAGCAACAUGCUCGAUGCCAAUCCGGAACUGAAAACCAUCUUCAACCACUCCAACAAGGUCAACGGCAACCAGCCGAUGGCCCUAGCGGGUGCUCUCCUGGCCUACGCAACUUACAUCGAUGAUCUUGGGGUUCUCAGCCCGGCCGUCGAGCGCAUCUGCCACAAACAUGCCUCGCUCUACAUCCAACCCGAGCACUACCAGAUCGUGGGCAAGUACCUGCUUGAGGCGAUGGGCCAAGUGCUUGGGGAUGCCCUCACCCCGCCACUUCUCGAAGCCUGGGGUGCGGCCUACUGGCAACUGGCCAAUGUCAUGAUCGGUAAAGAGGCCGACCUGUACAAAUCUGCCAACGGUUGGACGCAAUUCCGCGACUUCCGGGUUGCGCGCAAGGAGCCCGAAUCGGACGAGAUCACGUCUUUCUACCUGGAGCCGGUGGACGGCAAGCCGCUCCCUACUUUCCUCCCGGGCCAAUACGUUUCCAUCCAGGUGCCCGUCCCCGAACUUACCUAUGCGCAAUGCCGCCAGUACUCUCUCAGCGACGAGCCACAACCAACCUACUACCGCAUCAGUGUGCGCCGGGAUCCGGGCGUCCUCGAUGCCGCCGCAGCACACCCCGGCUACGUGUCCAACAUCCUCCACGAUACCGUCAACGCGGGAGACAUUGUCCAGCUCUCUCAUCCAUAUGGCGACUUCCACCUGGACAAUCCCGCGGCCGAGCAUCCGCUGGUGCUUCUGUCGGCCGGGGUCGGGCUGACCCCGCUCACCUCAAUGCUGAACUCCCUCACAACGGCGGACGCUCUCCCUUCACGGCCCAUCCAUUUCGUCCACGGCGCGCGCACUUCCGCCGCGCGGGCCUUUAAAGCCCACGUCCAAUCCCUCUCGACAACACUACCAACCCUCCACACAACCUUCUUCACCAGCCACCCCACGGACCAGGACAAGCAGGGCGUCGACUACGACUACCAGGGACGCGUCGAUAUCAGCAAGCUCGACGACACCCAGGGCCUCUUCCUCCACAACCACGCAACCGAGUACUACAUCUGCGGGCCCACGGCAUUUAUGCUGGACACCCAGAAAGCGCUCCUGGCCAAGGGGGUGGACGGGAGUCGCAUCAAGAUGGAACUGUUCGGCACGGGUGGAGUUCCGGCGGCAUAG